CUUUUGCUCUUUAUUCGUCUCUGCACUUUCCACUCUUCUUUGACGCCUUCUUUUGUUCGCAUUCGGCUUUUUACAUCCCCGCUUCCCCUUCUCUCUCUCUCUCUCUUCUCUCUUCUCUCUCCCUCUUUCUCUCUCUUCUCUCUUCUCCUCUUCUUCCCUUCAUUCUCUCCCUCUUCGCCUUGAAUCAUCGAUUCUACCAUCUCGGGGGGAACAACACCAUCUCCUUUGUAUUUUUCCACUUUUGAUUGUUCCACCAAUGGUCGUUCACCAGCCAACCUCAUCAUCAUCAUCAUCAUCAUCAUCAUCAUCAUCAUCAUCAUCACCAACAUCACCAUCACUCAAUCACGCAAUAGACGACCAGCAGCCUCAUGCAACAGCUGCGUUGAGGCAACGGAGUCGCGGCGGCACAGCAUCAGCAUCAGUGGCUGAGCAUCAGCAAGCGCCGCGACCCAUCCUCGCACGUGAGACGAGCGACGACAACGACCACAACCACGACCACGACAACGACCACGACCACGACCGCAGCGCAGUCGCAUCAGCAGCAACGGCUGCGUCCGAUAAACCCCCUGUCGCUGGAGGAGCCGGAGCCGGAGCACAAGCAGCACCGCAGCUGUCGCGGCCCUCGUCCGAAGCCGCGAUGAUGGCCCUGCUGCUCAAGGCGCCGCCGACUGCGCAGCUCCCCAUGCGCAUGGGCACGCUGUUCCUGUGCGGCGUCUUCUUCUCCAUCCUGUUUAACGUAUUACAGCGGCAGCACCACGUAACACAGUUCCCCGGCGCGUCCAGCAGUAGUGGUGGUGGCUCCACGUCGGCGGCGGCGGCGGCGGCUGCAGCGGCCUUCUCGUCGCCCGUGUCGCAGGCGGCGACAGACCAGUUGUUGGCGCCGUCAUUGCAAGUGCUUGGAAGCUGGUCUGCCGCCAUCAUGUCCUCUGCGUGGUGGGUCCCCGUCGUCUGUGGUCUCGCUGCCAUCCUUGUCGGCGUUGCCUUCCCAUACGUGGACUAUCUGCUUCGUGCGCCCCAUGUCUUCAAGCGAGAUUGGUCCAGCGUCAUGCGAUGCGUUGGCGUGUGCAUUGGCAUCAACUAUGCCAGCGCUAAACUCCCAUUCUCGACCAACGUGCAAUUGUCGCUCAUGCUCGCUUUGAUGGCGAUUGCGCUGUGGUGGAUGUUUGACCGAACUCUGCGCGGGUUUUUGAUGGGCUUGGUUGUUGCUUUGGGCUCGACGUCCGCCAUCCAGCUUCUCGUCUUUUUCGGAGCUUUCAAUUUCACACAACCUGAUUUCUUUUGGGUCCGAUCAUGGAUUCCGUGCAUCUUCUUUGCGACUGGAGUCACGUUUGGCUGCAUUGGACGACAGCUUGCACACGACGCCAAGCUCGAUUAUCUGCUCCAAGCCAAAAAGACAGCAUGAGUCCUGUCCGUUGUAAAAUGUAGAUUUGCCCUGUUUUGUUUGUGGUGGUGUUUUUGUUUUGUAAUGUAUACAGAUCCAUUUGCUCGCUUUCACCUUGAGCCGCAACAAGUAUCACAGUGAAAAAGAGGCGAGCGAAGAGGCAAAC